CUGUCGACACCGUCUUCGUGAGCCAGACGGCUGGCCUUGAGCCGGACACCUGCCAGGAAUGCGGAUUGGAACAGCCCAGCCUCAUUGGUUCAGUCUGCUAUUCGUGCGGUCGGAAGGGAGAGAUCAAGAGCACUCCACUCCAGGGGUGCAAGUGUCGCGCGAAAACACCUAGGAAGGCGCGUGAGUCAAGGAAGGGAUAUGGAGUGUUCGCCACGUUCGCGGUUGGUCUAGCUGCGCUCACUGCGGCGUACGCAUUUGACCCGUCGCAAUAUGAGUCAAAGAGCUGGUCGCGGGCGGGGGCCUCGUUUUCGAGCCUUCGUCGCGAAGAAUCGCGGGCGAGGACUUCGUUUUCGAAUCCUCGUCGCGAGGAAGUGUGGGCCACCUUCCCCGGUGGUUGGGUGCGAACGCACCCGGAGGCCCGGGAGAAGCUGUUUGAGUUUAGUGAAGAAGCGUCGGCCCCACUCACGCUGAAUGUCGACCAGCUGGAUUCUCGAAGGGUCACGACAGGUCAGUUUUUGGAUGGAGAGUCUCUCUUUUGGGAAGACUCGUGGCGUGAAGGCGACCCGUGGGUCUUUAAGGGACGUCCAUGGGUAGGAGAAACCCGUUUCUACGCGGUGGGUCAUGGUUCUGAAGGCUCUUGGAGGAGCACCAUGACCGAGCCAGUGUUUCACAUAGUGGAGGCGCCAGGCGGAAUCGACAAAAUGGCAGAGGAAACGCCAACGGAGCGCUACUACGAUGCGCUCAGGAGGUCUCUGGAGAAGCGUUUUCCCAAGGCCAACCAAUUCCUCCUGGAUCACCUGAUUUCGCUUGAAGCAUUUUUGGACAAGUCGAUCGUUUUUGGUUUCAGCUACGGGGUGGCUAAGGCGGAGAUCUGCAAGGAAGGUGGCAAGCUGUUGGGACACAUCGUUGGGAGGAAUGGAAGCGAACCAGACCCUGAGCGAGCUAAGGCCGUAAUGGACUUUGCACCGCUCAGAGAGAAACUCCAUAUCCAGCAAUUUCUUGGAUGCUCCAACUGGUUGCGCAUGUACCUCCCCGCGGAGUACGGUGUUUGUUCCAAAAUUUUGACUGGCUACCAACGGCCAGAUGCGACCUUCCCACCUGAAGGGCUCGGAUAUGGCAGCACAGAAGGCUGCAAGGCUGUUCGGGCCAUCAAGCGCAUGUUGGCUAAGUCAAUCAGCUUAGCUAUGAUUGACGAGGCCAGCGCCAUCUCCGGAGCUUGUCCGCUUGAGCAGGUGGCCGAUGCCAGCGGGUUUGCAGUCGGUGGUACUGUGGUCCAGAUGACCAGAGACCACACGAGGCUGAAGGUGCUCCUCACGCACAGCAAAAGCCUCACGCCGCCGCAGCAAGCAUGGCCGCCUCUAGUUCAGGAGGCCUUCGCUCAAUUGGAGGAUGAGGUCAGCCCGCCAGAGCAAGGAGGAACCGCGGGCGGGGCUCGUGGUUCACGGCCUUGCUGCGGGAUGAGCCGAGAAGUUGCAGGAGAAGAAGAGGGCGUCACUCUGCUGGAAGCGAUCCGGGAUGGAAGGGUGCCUACCCCGGAAGAGAUGACGUUCCCUCGGUGGCAGGCUUGGCGACGUGCCGCCGGCCGUAGGCCCACAAGGAGAAGGGACGGCAGAGGCCUGCCGACAGGUGAAGAAGUAGCCCUCUGGAGGAGCGUCAUGGAUGAGCUCUAUGGCGAGGGCAGGGCGGCGGAACUUGACGAGGGCGAUGAAGAGGAGGAGGAAGAGAGGCCGUCGGCAUCGGCCUCCCCUUCUGUUGCGUCUCGUGAGGUCGCCUUGGUGAAUAGCCCACGCCCGUCUUCAGUUGGCACUGGAGGAGUCAGCGUGGUGAGCCUUCGGGCCAAGUUGCAAGCGUUGUAUGACCCUUCGGCGGAGGAAUUCGGGGCGUACCUGAUGCGUAUGGGACGAAUCAUCUCCGCUCUCCAAGCCUUGGACGCAGCUGUUCCGCCGGGUCUGUUAGAGACAGUGACAAGAAAGGCGGAAUUCAUGAUCGAACUGUAUGGUGAGCAUGGGGGUUUGGAUAAAGUGAGAGCUGUGCGUUUCUUGCGAGACAAGUUCGUAGCUUACGCGCAGGAUGAGACCUUAGACCCUCGAGAGAGAGACAGUUCGAUCGCCGCGAUCGGUGAGUUGAUUGAACAAUUAGGAGGGAAACCGAGUUCGAGCCCAGGAAAGGUGUAUAGUACUCCGUCUGGAGCGGAGGAAGCAACGGUUCCUGUGGCUCGCGGUCCCGUCAGCGGUCUUCGCGACGUUGGACGCGGCCAACGACCGGCGCCCGGUCCCGCUCCUAGUUCGGGACCAGAACAAGAUGGGGAUUUCUCCCUCAGGGCCAAGCUGGCAGCUCUGGAGAUGGAGCUGGAGGCGAUGAAGCGAGAAAAAGCCGAAUCAGAGGCCGGUUCAGCGUUGGGAUCGGAGCAAGGCUUAGCAGCCGCCUUGGCCCAACAGAAGGCAGCGCUGGAGGCGCAAACAAAGGUGCUCCAGGAAGCGUUGGGACGAGGCGGAGGCAACCAGUCUGUCACCGCGGUCAAAACAGACCUUCAUUGGCCGACCUUGACAGACGAGCGCUCUGACUUCAAGGAUGUCACCUUGUUCUAUGAGGAGUUCGAGGAUGUGUGCGCCUUAGCGAACUCCUGCCGUGGAAUGAAUGCCCGCGAGAAACUGCUGGCUCUCCGAGCGCGCUGCCGGGGAAGUAGGCUGAAGACCUACCAGAACCUGUACCGGUCCGCCUGGAAGUCCGGAGAGGUCCUGGCAGACCCCGAAGCAGUGUAUGAGCGCAUCAAAUCGAAACAUUUGAUGUUUAGUGAAAGCCGAGAAGAGCGAGAGAUCCGCGUCGAUGCGGAGCAUGUCGCGCUCAUGAAGGGGAAGCUCACUGGUCACCAGUUCGAACCUUUGUUCGAAGCGUCGGUGGCGGAAUUGGAAGCUGUGGGUCUUGGAAAGACGCAGCGAGAGCUUUUCCUCUCCUACUUGAGGAAGGUUGGGACCAGUCUCCAACGGGAGAUUCGAUCCGACAAGCGGCUUUGGGGACACGAAGACAAGCUCCGAGGGCCGCAGACCUGGGAGGAGGCUCAUCGGGUCGUCCUCGAGUAUGAGCAGCGAGAAGCGACUAACAAGGCCACCGCCAACGCCGUGUUCACGACCACCGGCGAAGCCACGCGUCUUGCAGCGGAUCUCGCAAAGAAGGAGAAAGCAGAGAAGGCGAAGCGGGACAAGGCCAACAAGGAGGCGAACAAGGGAAAGGGCAGAGGCGAUCAGGAUGAGAGAAGGAUCUUGAAGAUGUCCAAAGAGGCUGACCCUGUGAAUGCCAACGCCAACCUCACUUUGCGCAAGAAGUUGAACAUGGCAAAGAAAAAACAACAAGCAAAGAAAAACAAUGGUAAAAAAGGAAAGGCCGCAGAAGAGGAAGAGCAGAAGAAGGUGAACCAAAGUGGAGCAGCAGGGUCGAAAGAUGGCAGCAAGAAGAAGAAACCCACAAAGAAGAACGCGCAGAAGAAGAAUGAUGGCGGUGAUGGUUCUACGAAUCCAAGAGGAAGUGAUGAUGCGAACAACCAAGCAAACAGGAUGACAAAGGAUGCCAAGGCCAGGGUGAUGAUUCGAGAUUUGGAUUGGAGCACCAAAGCUUCGAACCUGGUGGAGCGCGUGUCGAAUCUCAAUGCUGAUGCGGCCGACUUGAUCCAGGAGGUCAGGGUUACAAGGACUUGGCUUCAAGAGAUGCCCUGCCCCUCCGCCGAGACCAUCCUCUUCGGCUUCUCGUGGUGCCAGCAGUGCGCCAGUGACACCACCGAAAGGGAGCCAGUCACCACCAAGCCUUUUGCCAAGGCCACCAACAAGGCAGUUCGACCCAGCACUACAAGACUGCUAGAAGAACAGCAGCAGCCAAAGAAGGUAGCUGCUCCAUCAUCUGCUCCGCCACGAGUUGAAGAAGAAGACGGUGGUGAAGCAGCUCCUCGUCGGACAGAAGUGAAGGUCGAGCAGCCAGACAACACGAGUGGGCCUCUUCAGAAUGUCACCACUAAGCCCGAGAGUGAGCAGAAGGAUGAAGAGUAUGAAGAUGUUGUGCUUGAUGAUGAGGCACAUGAAGCAGAAGAAGAAGGGCAUGAGAAGAAGGAGACAGAGCAGGAAGAGAAGCAAGAGAAUGAAGAAGAAUACUUUUUGCCUGAGGCAACAAGUGCUUCGUUUGCUCGCGUGGCUGUAGAUCCUGUUCCCGGUCAUCAUCAAGUGUAUGCUCAGCCCACUCCUCAUCGUGAUGAAGGCCAUGACGACACCCAGCCCAUUCCCAGUGCUCAUGAUGAAGGCCAUCAUGAAGAAGGUGUGCCCACCAGUCCUGCUGGUGGCCUUGUCGAAGCUGAUGAUGAUGAGGUUGAGCGCUUCCAUGAGGCUGAUGAGCUGCCGGAGGAAAAGGCGGAAUUGGGAUUGAUGAAAGAAGAGGAAAAGGAAACUGAUGAAGGCUUUGAAGGCGGCGAGGCUACACCAUGGAAGAGGCGGACGGACAAGCGUGACCGUCACAAGAAGAAGGCAGCAGCGGCAGGAGCGCGUGCCAAGAGUGCUGCUGGUUCUUCUUCGCAGCCGGCUUCAGGUGACGUCAGUGGUAGCCGGAAGCCUUCUUCAGCGGCAGAGCAUGAUGCUGAUGAGGAGAAGGCAAAGGAGCCCACCUGA